GCAAAAUAUUAAAGUUGUUUGAGUUUGGGGUAUGAACUUUAUAUUUGCAACACCUUUGUCUACCAAAAAUAAAAACUUGGUACAGAAACCUAAUGAAUCUUCUGCCUGCUCAAAAUCUUUCGCGUGGCAUUGUUUUAAAUAAGUUACUUUUCUAUAAAAGCGUCAAAUUUUUUUCGAUUUGGGGCCGGUUAUACAAUACCUGGUAUACCGAUAAUCAUCAGUGGAUAAAAGUAAAAAAUAACACCGGCUUUAUUGGACUAACUGAGCACGCUCAGCAAUUUAUAGGUGAGUUAUCUUACAUCGAACUGGGCGGUGUUGGCAAACAUAUUAAAAAAGGAGAAUGCUUGGGCUUUGUCGAAAGUUCAAAGGCUGCAACUGACAUAAUUUCUCCUGUAACAGGCGAAAUUACAGAAGUAAACGAAAAAGUGCUUCAAAAUCCAGCGGGCCUGGCGUAUGGCUCGAAAGAGUGGCUCUUAAAAGUUAACUUGAAUAAUGAAGAAGAGCUAAAAGGUCACAUGAAUGAGGAAGAAUACUUUAAAUUUAUUCACGAAACAGAUAAGUUGCAAUAAUAAAUACAAACGCUAUUGAAUAAUAAAAGCUGCUUUAAUUUUGCUGAAGAAUCUUAAUUCUGAGAUUCAC